AUGCCAUCGUUGGGCACCUCAUCAAAGACCUCAUGCAUGACCUGGCUGGUGACCGUCUCCAGCUGCCUUCUGCAGCAGUCAGUGCAGACGGAGACCAGACUCAAGGACCCUGGUCAGACUGACCAGCCACAACCGCUUGACCACAUGGAGCUCCAGGAAUCCAUCUUUGUGCUCUUGGCACUGUUGCUGUCAUCAGCGGAUGCCCAGGAAGUGAUUCAGAGGAGUCUGCAGCCUUGGCUGACGGGUCUGACAGCUGUUGUGGUCUUCCUCUUCAUCGUCUUUGUCCUCAUGCUGGCCAAACGGUUUUGGUGUUCCAAGGAGAGGAAUGAGGAGGAGGAAGAGGAGCUUGGAAAGAUCCAACCAACUCUGAACGCCUAUGAAGACAUUCAAAUGAGGGAAGGACCCGGGGCAGCAAAGGAGAAAAGAGGCCACACCAAUGAAGCCUUGGAACCAGAUGAAAAGGCCACUACCAGCACAGAGGCUAAGAAAUAUACUUUCUUGUAAGGGAGACCCUCCCACUAUGGAACCCUUGGGGGGAUGCCCUGAUUUCUUCAUGCUUGUCUCCUGAACUCCACCUCCAGCCUCUGGGGCCCAAGGAAUGAUUUAAACUGUAAUAAAAG